UUUCCAUUCAAAAUAUAAUUUUCUUUCCUCCAAGAACUUCCUCACUGAAGUAGCUUUGCUGCCGCGAUAUCGACGUCAUGUCUUCUGGCAACGAUAACAACAACAACCUUCUCGCACCCCUGGGUACCAAAUCCCAUAAUACCUCGAUACCAUUUCACACCUGUUGCUAAUGCGUAAGUACAUAGCGAACCUCCUUGGAGGCGUCGGCGAUACCCUAGGAAAGACCGUGGGCGGACUCGGAGACACUGUCGGAAGCACUGUAGGAGGACUCGGAGACACUGUGGGAAACACUGUGGGAGGACUCGGUCAGACUGCCGGCGGUGCGACUCAGGGUCUUGGAAAGACUGUUGGGGGUGCCACUGAAGGCCUGGGCAACACAACCCGGGGCGUCGGACAGUCGACUGGAGACAUCCUUAGCAGCAUCAAUGGCGACAGAUCCGGUGCGGAUGCUGAUCGGAAGUAAAGGUGACGGCGAGGUCCGGUUGGAUAUGACAUGACUUGAUGAAUCUGCUAUGUAAUGGGCUUGACGG